AUUUAGAAUGAAAGUGAAAGCGACACACGCGCAAACAAGCACGAAACAUUUCUGUCUUACUACAGAGUACAUAAAGGAUUGGCGAUGCAUAUUAUUCUCAUGUGGCUCAGUUCAUCAACACAUUUAAUUAGGGACUUGGAAGAGAUUCCGUGAUUUAAAUAUUGGAACAGCAGGCGAAAGAGUCAUGCGGCUGCGUCUUCUUUCUCUCCUACUUUUUACCAAAGUCUGUCAUCUCAACACUUUAAAGGGAGAUGAGUGUCCACAACCUUCACCUCCAAACUUCGCCACGUUCCCGUCUGGGAAACGUGGCGAAAAUAGUACCCUACGAUACCUUUGUGUGGAUGGUUAUGUAAGGAAGGCAGGAACCUCCAGUCUUGUGAAGUGCAAGCGGGAUGAUAAAGGUGGACUUCAGUGGACUUCAUCAAACCUGAAAUGCAUACCGGAUCCCAAAAUUCAAAACCCAGGAACACCGGAUCCCAAAAUUCAAAACCCAGGAACACCUUCAACCACCCACCAGACUCCCACAAUGUACGGCUUAUUGUCCACAAGUGUCAGGUCAAAAUCAACUUCUUUGGGUCCACUAGAAUAUCAGACAGAGAGUUCUGUCACAGUUGAUCAGACUGUUACAACUGUUAGAAUGACAACCACCAUUGAUGACAUCACAUCAGCCCCUGUAGAUAUGUCCACCAUACUGACCACUAUCCCUUUGGCGACUGUUUCCGACCAAAUCCAGACCAGCACUGACAGUCCAAGUGUUGGUGUGGGCACUGAGAGGUCAGCUAUAGACAUAUAUUCAGGUGUGGGCAGUGUGGUGGUCAUCAUAAUAUUAUUUGCACUGAUCAUUCUGCUGCUGCUGUGGAGGAGGAGGAGGAAACGGUGUCAGCACCUUGAUCCGUUACCGACAACGGAGGAGCAGUUGGCGAUGAACGGCUAUGAGACACAACCUUGAACGGGACUGACACCUUGAUGUGUUCUGUAGCCCCCCCCCCCCCGUCAACUUGUAAAUUAUGCCAGUGGGUCAGUAAUGUAUGCAUUGGAAGGUUGGGAUACCAAAUGUACACCGAUCAGCCAUAUCAUUAUGACCACUGACAGGUAAAGUGAAUAACACGGAUAAUCUCAUUAUCAUGGCACCUGUCAGUGGGUGGGAUAUUGGGCAGCAAAUGAGCAUGCACUAUGGAAAGUAUGCAAGCCGGCGGAGGCAGUGUGAUGCUUUGGGCAAUGUUCUGCUGGGACACCUUGGGUCCUGCCAUUCAUG